AGAUGCACCGCAGCCCUGCUCAGAGAGAGAGGGGAGAGAAGAGAGGUGGAUAAGAUACACACACUCUGUCUCUGUGUCAUAUAAGCUGGGUAUACUAAGAUGAGGGUGGACUGGACAGACUGGCUCAGGAACAGAUAAGGGAACCCCACUCUGUUUCCGGGGCGCCAUGGAAACCCUGAGAGACCUGAGGCAAGCCUACCAGGAUGUGGGGAAGGGGAGCAGCCAAAGUGGUUCCUUACCCGGCUUGUGGACGGACAGAAGCCGCCAUUUGGACAGAUUGGCUACAUUGGACCCCUCUCUGGCUUCCCCUGGCCCGUUGAGAACCACAGGAACAGCCUGCCUUCUUGUGCCCCCCAAACCCAGGGGCAGGAGUGAGUCGGUGGCAGUCCACAGCCUGGCUGCUCCUCAGCCCAGCCAGCUCAGCCAAUCUGCCCCCAGCCUCAUGGAGCCUCUCAUGGACCCAAACUCACUGCUCCAGGCCCGCGCACACAUCCAAACACGUCUUGUUGGGUGUAGUGAAACAGAGAGAAGUUUUCAAGGUCGAAAGGGCUCAUUGCCUUCCCUGCACCCAACAUGCUCCAUGCCAAGAACCCCUAAGCACCUGGCCCCUCUGGAGGGGAGGCAAGGAGACCGAGCAGCCCUCCCCAGGCUCAGGCACCCUCCUCCCCUGAAGCCUAUCAGCCUGACCCCUUUGAGCUCCAGGGCCAGACUGAGGAGGGACAGGCUCUCCUGGGCAGGUGUCCGGGGACCUCCGGCCACCAGGGGGGGUAGCGAGGAGAGCAGCUCAAGCAGCACCAGCAGCCACAGCUCCAUCGACCUGGAGGAGGAUAUAGACGAUGGUGAUUUGCUCAAGUCCCCAUUGGGACAGUCAGGACAGAAUAUCAAAAACAUAAUGCACUUGCAGAGUGACAAAGUUCACAGUCAGACUAGAGGGCCAUUGGUGAUUCAGCGGGGCACCACUGAACACAUCUAUCACAGAGAGCCAGUCAAAUGUCCCUCUGUAGAGAGACAGACAGUACAAACCAGUAAAUCUGUGAAUGAGAUAAGGCCCAGUCAUUCUUCAGACCUCGAGGCACACAAUGAUGUAAAGGAUGAACCAGGAGUUAUGGUGCAGGAACUGAUAAAGAAGACUUCCCAGAAUACGUCAAGAGAACUGACAUCAGAUCAGCCACCAGUCAUAACAUCCCCAGCACUUGAAACACAUAAGGGAUGCAGAGAAGUCCAGAUCAUGGAGGACAAUUGCAAGGUCAGCACAGUGGACACCCAGCAUCCGUGUCUUCCUGCUACGGUGAACAUCACUCUGACAGAGGAGAAGAUGAAGCCCGUCAAGCAUGUCAAGAUCAAAGAAAGAAGAGGCAGCACUAGUUUGCAAACGAACCAGUCUUUUAACGUACUAGCCCGCAAAGACCAUGCACGAGGACGAGCCAAGUCCAAAAGCAACCUGAGAACUUCCUCUGUUCCCUCCCUAAUCAAAGCCAAGGUCAGACACACUCCUGAUCUCGUCGUCUGUGGGGAGGCAACAGAAAACCCAGUCAAAUCCAGAUCCGGUUCUUCCAUGGCUGGUCCAAAAAUCAUGGACACUUCCAGCUCACUCCAGCGCAAGAGGGUUAUCGAGCCCCCAAGGCCUUGCAUCAAAAGAUCAAAUCUUGAGAAGAGGACGUUAAACAAUAAAAAGGUGUCCACUCAGAAGCAGGCAGCCCCAGGGGAGCCUAAGAGUGUCAGGCAGCCUAAGAAGCCAGGGACCCUGGGGACACCCAGAGCCAAGUCUGCGGUGGACUACAUACCUUACAGUGACAUGUUCAAGGAGAUCCACAGUGGAGACGAGGGGCCGGCCAUCUAUGAGAUGUUUGCAGGCCCCGUCUACGACAACCUCCGAGUGUCCAGCUCAUGUGAAAGGUGCAGAACAGUUCAGUCCGCCCCCCCUAAGAAGACCCCAACACACAGAGCAAAGUACAAAUACCCCAAGAAACCACUUGAGGCCAGCAGACGGAAGAAAAGCCCGGUAGAAAAGCUGAUUUCUUGCAAAGGUAAACAGAGGGCCAUGCUGCCCAGAGCGGAGCCUCCCACAACACCGGCUUCCCCUGAAGAAACUGGCAUUGAGGUGGCUGCGUCUGGCCAGGACUGGCUUAUCCAGCCCAACAGGAACGAAAUAAACCCGAGUGAGGACGAUGAUGACGUGAGGAAUUCUCCAAACACAGCAGAGCUGCAGGUGGACGACCACACAUUGUCCGUUAUUGAGGAAGUUCUGUCCAGCUUCAGCUCUAAGACGCUCACUCCAAACUGCAAUCGACGGGGUAAGACCGCUCCCCCUCCGUCAGGAAAAAGCAGCCACACAAACAGAAACAACAGUGAGGAGGCAUCAGACACUGAUGAUGAGGGUCUCUAUGUCUGGGAAUAUAUGAGAGGGAAGCUGUCAGAGAGUGACAACGAUGAUAACAGAAAGAGUGCACGACACCUGGACCAUCCUGUACCUAUUCCCUCAGCCAGCCCGGUGCAGCCCAAGAUCAACACAUGGACCUCCGGCAGCUGUGACGGGACUAUGUCCCCCGUGUUCCAGAAGUUUCUGGACGAAGCAGGGAAGGGGCCUCUGACAGACGAGCUGCUGAGGUGCCUCGCAGAAGAGUUGAUCUCAUUGGAUGAGGGGGACGCGUCAGAGAACUACGAUUCACAUAGGAGAGAACUCAGAGAUCACCCUGCUCACAGAGAGGAGAAAUUAUUAGUGGGGGAUGCAACAUCACCUGAGGUAGCGCUCAGUGGGUCAGGAGAGGUAAUGGAUGAUGCCAUCACCUGGACGAAGGGGGAAGUGCUGGGAAGAGGAGCGUAUGGGACGGUGUACUGCGGGCUGACCAGCCAUGGGCAGCUGAUCGCUGUGAAGCAGGUGACCCUGGAUGUUGCCGACCCUGAAACAGCAGACAAGGAAUACAAGCGCCUACAGGAGGAAGUGGAUCUGCUCAAAACCCUGCGGCACCACAACAUCGUGGGCUAUCUAGGCACCUUGCUGAGGCAACACGUGGUCAGCAUCUUCAUGGAGUACGUUCCCGGGGGGUCCAUUGCCAGCAUUCUCCACCGGUUCGGCCCUCUGCCUGAGCGGGUACUGGCCCUGUACACCCAGCAGAUCCUGGAGGGCGUGUCCUUCCUGCACCUCAACCGAGUCAUCCACCGGGACCUGAAGGGCAACAACGUCAUGUUGAUGCCCACGGGCGUGGUCAAGCUCAUUGACUUUGGCUGCGCUCGGCGUCUCAGCUGCCUCAAUCACAGCGCAAGUCGCAGCGAGCUGCUCAAGUCCGUCCACGGCACCCCCUACUGGAUGGCACCGGAGGUGAUCAACGAGAGCGGCCAUGGCAGGAAGUCCGACAUCUGGAGCGUGGGCUGCACCGUGUUCGAGAUGGCAACUGGGAAGCCCCCACUGUCACACAUGGACAAGAUGGCCGCCCUCUUCUAUAUAGGGGCACGGAGGGGGCUGAUGCCCUCCCUGCCUGAUGGCUUCUCAAAAGAGGCCAGGGACUUCGUACAAGUGUGCCUGACCAGUGAUCAGAAGCUAAGACCCACUGCAGAACAACUACUGGAACAUGCCUUCAUCCCCAAGGAGAGAGGACUCAGCCUCAGAUGAAGCGAGCGUUCUGCCACUUCUACAUGAGUGUACUCUUCUGGCCCUUGUUUAGCAUACACGCUCCUCCUGUGGAACAGGCGCAGGGGGAACAUUAUGGUCUGGACAACGUGCACAGGUUAGGAUGACUCACUCCAGAUGCAGACAUAGAAGGAAGUUCUCUGAGGAUGUGUAUCCUAUUGGUAACAUGUUCUUUAUUAAUGAAGUGCCAUUCUGAAUUACCUAUCAACAACGAAUGUAAAUAUGGACUUGAACGUCUCGUGUAGUGUCACAUUUAAAAUAUAGCAGUAUGUUGCAGCCACAACAUAUGGCCGAGGACAUAAAUAGGUGGGUCUUCUGCUUUCACAAUCACUUCACAUACAUGUUUAUGGUAGCAGUGACACCAAAAACACACACGUCUAUCAUAUAGUUAAGGUAGUGAGAACCUUUUAAGAUUUAUUUGUAGAAUUGAAAUGAAAAAAGAAACAAAAACAACUGUAUGUCAAGAUCUGCUCUUGCUCUUAUUAUGAAACCAGUCAUCUUGACAACACGCGAGAGUUGACACACUACCAGCGGUGAAGGGGAACAUACUGUGUUGUCUUGGUUACUGCACGCUGAAAUAAAGGACUAAACAGUCUGGAACUGAACAGAGAGGCUACGUCGCGUCUACAUCUUCCGCACAGUAGGAAAUUAACGUGGAAAACUGCAUAAGCGCCCCGGUAUCAACAACACUGGUGGGGCUUUUAUUGAACCCGGCACCAGGCCUUCCACUGCGUUUCAACGGACAUGGAUGUACGGUCCUACUACGGCCCAACAGGACUGACAGCACUGUUCAGCAUCUAGGGGAUACAGCGCCAAGCCAACAACAAGUUUAAAUGCACUUCACAGCAAAGGUUAUGUAAACUUUUAUAGAUUAUAGUCCUCUUCUCGUGUCUUUUUUUUUUCUUUUUCUUGGAGGCACAACCUUUGGCAUCCAGCUUAAGGUCUUCUCGGAGGUCCGGAAAAAAUUAAACAUAACUCGUACAAAUUUGCAUGGCCUCUGACAACAUGCCAGGUGUGUUGGUUUGUAGGAGCCUUGACUUCCCUACGGGUGGGAAUGGGGGGGGGGGGGGGGGGGUGGGGGGGGGGGGGGGUCGGUAGAUCCCCUCCCCCUGGCAGCCAAGCCAAGUACAGGCUCAAAGCACAUCACUGGAAUGCUGCAGUCAGAAUCACCUGAUGAUGCUGGACUUCCUACAUCCUUACAAUAGUCUUUUUCUAUGUUUUCAUAUAUAAUAUCUUGUUAUAAUUACAAGCAGCUCCAAACCUGAGUAUUUAUGGUAUAGCUUUUUAAACAUACAAAAAUGUAUGUACAUUUAUCUCCACUUUCUGUAAACAGUCAGCAUUCUGCUUUAUCCCUUUGAUGAUUGAAACAUGCAGAUCAUACAUACAGUAUUGAGUAUAAAACAAAAGGAGAGAGACUCAUUCCAGAAAAAAAAACAUUACUAAAAAUAUCCAGCCUUCAUUAGCAUCCAUGUUAGGACCACCGGUCGCGACAGAAUCAAACCUCUCUUACACCUUGCAGAGGUAACGCCCGUUUCAUCACCACAGUGUGUUAAGUUGUGGAAAUUGUGUUUAAAUGACCAUUAAAACAACGGAAACAGAAACAUAA